AUGAGCCCCCGCGAUCUCCCAGCGGGCCGGAAAGCGGCCCGCCCUGCAUCUUCCAAGCGAACUCGCCCGCACAGCAGCCGCCCUCGCAAGCGUCUGGCUCCCAGCUGCAGCUCGGCCGAUCCUGGCUCGGCUGCCGACGGCGAGCUUCGCAGCGACCACAGCGGAACCAAGCAUCACUCCGAUCCCGACGAGGCCGAAAGCGACACAGAGCUCGCCGAUGGCGGCGGCCAGCUCAUGGAAGCAGAUCCGGCUCUGGUUCGUGCGAGCCAAGAACUGCCCCAGGACGGUGACAGCGCCAGCGACCCCAUUCUCGAGUCCUCCGCUUGCCAGGGCUAUCAAGAGCAGCUCGCCAAAGUGAUCGAGACUGUCCUGGAGAGUGACUCGCAUCUGAUGGGCCCUGAGCAGACCCAGGCCAUCAACGCAUACCAAUCUCUGAGCGACGAUGCCAAGUGGCUAUUCAUCAAGAUGUAUAACCGCACGCCAAAGUACGAGCGACUCUCGAGGCUUGGUCUGUCCGAGGACUGCGAUCGCAACGCUGUUGUCGCCGAGCUGUGCGGUGCAGCGCCCUCUUUUGCAACCACCCAAGGACCAUCAUCGCUCCUUGACUGGCUCGGCCUGCUCACAAAAGAUGAACUCGACGGACUUGCGCGAAGCCGCAGGAUCAAAACAGCUCAGCGAGCCCAGGAUCUUCGGGUAGCCUUGGACAGGUCGAUCCACUCGCAGUCAACCCUGAGGAACUGGAUAUCUCGGGCCACGGCCAAGAACGCAGUCACAGUCACAGAGGCGAAAGCAGAAAUCGACGCAGACUCGCCAACGCAUGCGGAGCAGCGAUGCAUCCAGGAAAUCCAGAACAUCACGGGUCCGUUGAUCAAGCUGCACGAUUGGGCCCGACAACUCGUCAACAGCCUUUUUAUCAUCCACGACCGCAUAACGGUGUGGCCUCGCGACGACAAGUUCAUGUUGAACUCGAUCCUGGCCAAUCUGCAGAUACGGGCCCGCACCUUUGCCCGAUACACAGUCAACCGGAUUUCGCUGACAUGGCCGACUCGGGAAGACUUUGAGCUCUAUGUCCGAUACUUGAAAGCCGAGCGCGAUCUGGACGAGAAUCUGCAUCGGUGUGAGAGCACAGCGCAGUACUCGCCACUCUUGUCUGAGUGGAUGGUUCUCUAUGGCGAGUGGCAGACGCUCCUCAAGAAUCAAGAGCACGAACACAUCAUCGGGACACCGUGGUUCCAGAUCUUUUUGCCAGGCUGGAUCCUGACUCGAGUCAUGGGGCUUGGCGUGGAACUCUUUCGCCGCCUUGGACGCUUCAAAGAUCUUGCCACGUUGCUGUCGCAGCUGGUGAACGAGUCUCGCCGCGGACAGUGGUUCACCGAGUAUGCCAAGGUGCUGGACUACCAUCUGCAGGAUAGGGAAGCCGCAUACAAGGUCUGCUUGGAAGCCCUCAGCGACCGCUAUCUCAACACAGGCUGCGAGCGCGAGAUUCAACGGAGGCUCUUCAAACUGCACAAGUCCCUCAAGAAAUCAGAGUCACUCCAUUUGCACUACCUCGAAAACAGCCCUGUCCGCGUGGUGACUCGGAUCGCUGCCCGGAGAGUCUUUAGCCAACAGUCGAGAAAAGCCCUGUACGAGAACAACAAGGGCGAGCACGUCACUGUGGAAGAGUUGGCGAUGGAGUAUUUUGUCGACCGUGGAUACAAGUGCAUCCACGCGGAGAGCAGCAUCAUCACGACGCUGUUCGGGAUAUUGUUCUGGGACAUCAUAUUCGAUGACUCGCCCAUCGGCGUGUUCAUCUCGCCUUACCAAGGCGCUCCCUUGGACCUGACAACUGAGUUUUUCUAUCCAACGCGAUCGAGCUCCAUCGACUCCCGCGUCAAGCUCAUACGUCUUGACGGCGCCCGGAGCCUCAUCGAGACAGUCGAUGAUCGCGAGCGACCAACCAAGACGGUCUGUCGAGGUGUCAACUGGGACAGCUUUACCAAGCAGGAUCUGGUCGAGAUUGCCGAGUGUAUCGGCAGCACACCGCUGUCGAGUCUGUGUCUGCUCUUUGCCCAGUGCUACUGGGCUCAUUCGUCAGGGCUACCUGACUUGUGCGUCUGGAACACCGAGAACAAAUCGGUUCGCUUUGUGGAAGUCAAGGGCCACGGCGAUCGCCUCUCGGAACAGCAAAAGGUCUGGCUCGACUACUUGAACUCCAACGAGAUAUCCGGAGAAGAGUUCCAUGUCGAUCUCGUUGCGAAGCCCUCCAAACAGACCCAGUGA